UCGAGCUUUUAAGGAAGUUGUCGGCGCUUGGUUGUUCAUUUUUCUUUUAAAUUUUCUGUCGUUUUUGUACUUUUUGUUGUAAAUUUGGUUUCUUUCGUCCUCUCUCUUUUUGCGCGGAUGUCUUUGUUUUGGGCUCCAUUGUUUGACCCACGAAGAAUGCCAGAGGAAAAGUCGCUAGGCCAUCGGGGUCAGGGCGAUAACAGCGCGUAAUAGGGGCGAUAAUUGAGCGCUCGCUCGCACGCACGCGCGCAAGAGAAGGGCAACAGGCCGGUAUCGUGUUCUGCCAGACCUUGCGACUCGCGCAUGACUGCAAGCAGCGCGCGGCAAACGUACCCUCUCGUCACACCACCCCUCCCUCCCUUCCUUUCUCCCCCUCACCAUCCCCUCCUUCCCUCCAUCCAUCCACUCCACCACGCGCCUGAGGGAGUCUAUAGCAUCUACGUUUCGUCGAGACACCAUCAUGGGGCGAACAGGUCUUGAGUUUCCCUGACAACCGCAACCGAGAUCAGGUAAACUACAGGCGGCUUUCGAGAUGUUUUGGUCCACCUGGUGUCCCGGUGCUGCUCAGGAAGAGGCGGAGGCGGGAGGUUCAAAGUUCGAAACUGAGCGACUGUGACCACUAGAACUCCUACUAGAGGGAGUGUGUUUGUGUGUGGGUUUGUAUGUCUGUGUGUAUAUACGCACGCACGCACGCACUCCUCGGCUGGUGCAACAAGUCCUCGACAGAUCGUCUCUACUGAUGACCGAGGACCACGUGAACAGGAAUGGGUCGUGACCUCUGGGAUUUUACACAGAUUCUGCAUAUCGAAACACCACCAACCCCCUUCGUCGCCAAGAAAACCCCAAGUUUGAUGGGAAUGGCAUCGUUAAAAAGAACUCGCUCCUAAUAUCGAGUGCUGCGUGUGUGCAAGAUAUCAUAAAGCAAUCGGUAACCAUUGAAAACCGUUUUCCGCUGCGCCGAGUGCAGUGCUGGAACAGUUGGUUUUCUCGCUCGCACUCGAGCAGGAGGCGGCACGGAGGAUGUCUUUCUUCAGGGGCUGCUUGCGCUCACUCUCUAUUGUGGAGUUACCACCACAAGUGGGCGAGACGGAGACGUCACGUGUCUUGAAACUGGACCAAGGGGAGGGAAACGACGAUGAGAAGGGAGACAAGGCCAACAAUCUCAGCAUUGAGGAGUUCGAGUGCGGAGUGCAGUUCGAGGGGACCGAGAACUCGAAGCAGGAGUGGAGUUUUACUCUCUACGACUUUGACGGCCACGGUCGCAUCACGAAGGAGGAUCUUGCCAGUCUCCUGAAGGCCCUGUACGAUGCCGUGGGCUCUUCCAUCCGCCUCCCGCCCAACGGCGCCAAGACGCUGAAGCUGCGCCUGACGGUGGGGCAGGACCGUACCCAGGUGCACACCCUGACGACCAGCAAGCCUCUGGCGGGUGGCAAACGCAAAGAGAACAGCAGUAGUAAGGGCAAGUCACCGCAGGACGUGAAGGGAACAACCAAACAACAGCAGUUCUCGCGCCUCAACAACCUCACCCGCACCAGCGUCAAGUGCAACAACCAAACGCAGGACGCAAACGGCCAAGGGCAAGGUCCCAAUCCAGGGGAGGUUACUGAAGGGUCCGCCCGCAAGCAGUUAUCGCCCGAGGACCAGCAACAGCUGGUGGAGCUGGUGCAGGAAAACAUGGAGCGGAACCACGUCAAACAGCUCAGACGACACCACAGUGAAUACCACAACUCGGACAAGCCCAACACAAGAGGCGGCACCGAAACCGCCAUGCGGCUGCUAGCGGUCAGAACAAAGCCGCCGCCGGCACCACUACCACCACGACAGCCACGACAGCCGCCGCGCUGGCCCUGGCGGAGGUGGGUUGCCGACCGGCGGAGAGCCAGGACCGUCGUAACUACUACCUCGACUGGCAGGCGUGGACAGCAGCAACCUCAACAACGCCAAACUCUGGAACAACCCCUCGUUGCCCGGCGGCGUGGUGGCUGGUGUGGUCAGCGGAAGCGGCGGUCACCACCGCUCCGGUCGCACGACGUCAGCGCUGGAGGAGGCGGCGGCAACAAGUGUGAUAACUCCAAACGGGAGUCGGAGAACGUGCAGCGCGUGAGCGCGCAUCAACAAUUCUUGCAACAGAACCACCUCCGCUCGCGGUCGUUUGACCCGCAGGACACGACAGUUCGUGCCGCCAAGAGCGGCGGCGGGGGAGUCGGUGGCGGCGGCGGCAACGGAGCGGCAGCGGCAGCGGAACCUUCUGCCGCCGGGGGGUUGGCGGUGUGGGAGGAGGAGGUUCGCCGCACAAACACAGCCGAUUCCGGCCGGUCAGCCUACCUGGUCACGUGCCUGCCUCCGUGUCGCCGCACUACCACAGGCGGCACCGACACCGGGAGAAAGACCACGACCUGGCCAUGCAGCAGGUGGCGGCGUGGAUCGAGCGCGAGCACUCCUGGGACCUGGACGGGGAGCGAAGUGGCGGCAACGGAGGCGGCGUCGUAGUGCAGCGGCACCACCACCACCACAUCCACGAGCACCAUCAUCAUCACCAUUACCACCACUACUAUGAAGCCUGACUGCUAGGACCUUGUGUGUCGGCUGUCUCUCUUUCCUCUCUCACUCUCUGUCCCUCAGUCGCACCUGGCGAGGGACUAGUGGCAGGACAGGUACGAAGAACGUGCGGGUAAGACUUUGGGUUGGCCAGCCACUCCCACUCCCAGUUUCGCCGAGAACCUUACCACGCGUUGUGCUGCCCUCUGGCCGGUGGGUGUCAUCGGUCAGGCGGACCAUGUUUUUGCAUUUCCUGUCAAAUUUUUCCAGGUGAUAUUAUUUUAUUAUUAUAAAUACUUUCGUACCAUGUGUAACAAUGGCCUUUGUGUUGCGCACCAUGUUUUUUUUUUUUUGUCCCGCCUUACACAACAGGAAACGCCGGACAGUAGACAAACAAACAAUUGUUGUUGGUGUUCUGACUCGCAAGUUUGGAAGGAAUUGAUGGGUGGGGUUAGAAACAUUGGCUUCUUUUUCUGUAAUCAUGUCUGUCAGUCAUGAACUAUGAGGAGAGAGUCAAUUGACGGCUGUUUUCAUUAGUCUGAAGGCGUUGGGAAUUUUAUUUACCAUGUCGGUGAAAGAGAGAAAAUGUGUGUGAGUGAGUGUUUGUAUCAAGGAUUUUUGGACUCCAGUAUCAAGUGUGUUGACAUCGUUUGGAAUUUUGAUGUACAGCCAGUGCCAUGUGUUAAAGACCUUUGGACUUUCGACUCAAAAAGCCAGAAAACUCGUUGACCUAAAGCAAGUGUUUGGAUAUAUUAUUUUAAAACGAGUGUCGACAAGGCCCUGCUGACUUCAUGUCUCUUUGCAUGACCUCAAACCCUGGAGAACGCUGCUUUAGGUUGUGAAACUUUCUUCGAAAACUGGAACACUUCAGUAAAACGAAAGAAGAGGCUAACAGGAGUUUGUAAUGGAGUAGAUGGGGGGAUUCUUCUGUUCAGGACUAUCUAAAGAAUCGUCUAAGUUCUCAUAAUGAUGGUGAUCAGUAGUUGUGUAUACACGUGGUUGUGUUUGCGCUUGUGGAUCUGGAGAUGACUGUUUGCGAUAUCAAAUAUGUAUGUGUGUUUUAGAGAGAGAGAGAAAAGAAAAGGUCCUGUACCUACCACAAUACAUGCAGGGUGGACAGAAGUUCACCUUUACUUCAUGUAAUAAAUAAUCAGCGAAUGCGAAGUCUUCGAAACAUUUUGUGUAGACAGUGUUAAGGCAAGUCAAGGUAAAGAAAAAUAAAAUAUUUGUGUUACUUUGAGGAUGGGACAAACAUAAGGAAGUGUUUAUUAAGCUUAUCCACCCGGCUUGUUAGACUUGUAUCAUCUCACCCACCCGCUUACCUACUCGUAGCUUUUGUUGCGCCUGACCUGUGGGUUGUGCACGAUGUCGAGGCUUCCUAGUCUUUCAAACCGGCCAUUCCACCAUCGGGUACCGUCUAGUCCCUCCCUACCUACCUUUCCCCACCCCACAAACCACGUUAUACAGCCCCCAGUGAAGGAAAUCAACGUACUAACCAAUCUUUCAAAACAACAUAAAAAUUCCUUAUUUAUUGACAUAUAACACAGGCCAUAUCUUCCCUACCCUUAACUACCCCAACCUUCUCUCCCUCUUUCCCCACAAUCCCUUGGCAUAUUCCGUGCAGGCAAAUUCUUGGAGGGUGAGCGGCACAGAAGCGGGUUAUGUUAUCCAACAUCACCUGAGGAAAAAGCUGGAAAUAAACUGAAUCUUUGGCACGCAGCUGCACGUGCUACGGCAGUUCAUCUGCGCAAAGUGCCGUGCCGAGCGAGAUGUCAGGUCUGCCCGACACCCCGGGGUAAAACUACGGCUAAUCUCGAGGUUGUGUGGGAGCUCGCUGGUGUAAGAAUCGUGCGGAUGGAUACAGUUGACGAAGAGGUGCGUCACAGACUAGCAAUCCUAGAAAUGCAAUGACAAAUACAAAAUAUAGAGAUGGAUACAAAAAGCCAGCAAUUUUGACAAUUAAAAAAGACAAGAACGAGUAAACCUGGGUGUCGUAUUAUUUUAUAUUCUUUUGCAUUCGAUUGAGGUUCACGUCAGGUCCGAAAUGCAAUUCCUCUAAAGACUGGGGAGGGGUGGGUUUGUUAUGGUUACUACCGGAUCGGAACAUCUGUUGUGAGAUCGUCAUAUAUAUAUAUAGCUUAAUAAUCGCGAGGACUUAAUGAGUGCUCACGUUUUGAAAAAAAAAAGUUUAAAAACUUAAAAAGUAGUAAUUUGUGAACCUAUUGACCCACGAGAAAAAUUAGUAUUGAUACUGUGCAGAGACAAGGAUUAGUAUUGUCUCUGUUCAGAGCAUUUUUGAGGUGAUCUUCGCUGGUCAGAAACUUCCAGAAGAUGUUCCGCAUGUUUGUAUAUACGAUGCUAUUUUAAUGUAAUUUUUGUGAAGAAAAGAAAACAUUGACAGUGUUGUUAAGUAUUUGGUCAAAACGCCUUGUCACAUUGCUUGCACAUUGAAGGAUACGAUCUGUUGCUUUUUGGCAGUGAUGGUUGUUGUACCUUUAUUCACUCACGAAUCGUGUCCUUCUCUUUCACAGUACGCAUUGUGUGUAUGUGUGUAUGCGAGUGUGCGUGCGUGUGGAUGAGCAAGGUCCACAUGCAAGACGAUUGCAAUUCCUGUACUUGGCGAUGUACUUGAGCCGUUACAUCUACCUCAAGUUUUCAGUAAGACAUCACAAACGAGAGUUCAUUUUUACCUGUAUUAUUAUGGGAUGUCAAGUCGGCAACCUCCGUGCUGCGGGAAUGUGCGACACAAAACAGUAUUUGGACAGAAAGUAUACUUUGUAGACCUGUCAUCUCUAUUUCUUUAUUGCAAUGUAUUCGUGUUGCUGAUUGUUCCUAAAUUAAAAAGCACAGGUAGUGAACAGGUGAAGACUGUCAGACCAGUCAGGUAUGAAAUGGUUGAUCACAAGUCUUGAGUUUAAAUGAUAGGUUUUCACAAACUAGACUCGACAAAAGCAGUGAAUUUCUUCCUUUUGGCAUCGGGUAUGAUAAGCAGGAGUGUUGUGUAUGGACGAAGUGUUUGUUGAUGCUCAGUUUGUCAACAGGUAAACAUGUUUGUAAACAGUUUUCAGCGAGUAGUGAGAAUCUCUCGUCACAAAGGACAAGUUUGUCCGUGAGAAAACAUUGUUUGUCACUGAGACCAAACAAUUAACAGGUUAAGAUGAUGUUUAGGACACACACAAUUUUUUUCCAGGUUGCUUUGUUCAUAUUGGGUGCUAGACUUGCACUGUCAGUUUUUUUGUUGUUUUUAUAUUUUUUAAAAUAAAUUUUUUCCCUUUUGUUUGUUAAGACUGUGAUGAGCAAGUUUUUGUGUGUCGGUGUGUGCGUGUCUCACUUUAUUUACGCUCAGGACAUUGAGUUACAGGAUGUGAGGUGUUGUUGGUGUGCUUACCUGGAUGUCUGCGGCUAUACGUCACUGAGCAUGCGCGUGGCUGUGCUUCCUGUGACGGUUCUUGACGUGGAGCGAACACAAACAUGUUUCUACAAAUAUAUCUCUUGCACGAGGUAUUAAAGUUCUUGAAUCUUG